AUGAAGAGACUUAAAGCACCUGAUUGUAUGAGUAGUGAGGAAAUAUUAGAAGAAAACUGCUCCAAAAAAAUAACAAAGGUUAAGAAACUAGUAACUACAAGUCAACCUAUAUUAAGAAACGAUCAGAAAAUUAAGCUUAAUGCUCUUCUCUCAAAUUGGAAGCCACCUUUGAAAAAUAAACCUAAUGAAAGUCACGAUGUUUGUGACAUGACAGAUAUUAUGCAACAGAGUGAAAUGAAAGUAUUAAAUUGUGAAGAUACUCUAACUGAAACAAAACAGGUACAAAAAAUAUCACCUUCAUAUUUUGCAGAGUUAAAAUUUAAACAAGUAGAAAGUUCUUUCAGUAAAGAUAAUUAUCAUGUAGAUAGUCCUUUGGUUCAAAAAUCUCCACAGCAACAUCAAGGGUCAUGUAAUGCUCAACCUUCAACGUCUUCAGAAACUCCUAGUUAUGAAACUCAUAUGAUGAACACCACUUUUGAUUUUAAUGACCAAAAAACAAAAGAUAUUUUGGUAUGUGAUAUCAAUGCAAGUGAAGUAAAAAUAAAGAAUAAGAACUCUGAUUCAGAGUCUCAAAAAAACUCUCCAAAUGAAAAGGUAAACAUCCCAUAUUGCAAAGCAAGUACUCCAGAAGUUGCAAGAACACCUCCAACCCCUCCAACCCUAAAAGUAUCAUUCUUAAAUAGUAAUGUGGGUUAUGACUUAUCUCCUGAUAAUUUUAAAAAAUUAACACCUAAUGAAGCUUGUGAAGAACAACGAAAUUUGAUUGAAAAGUCACCAAAUAAGUCAAAAACGUACAAUGAAGCAGAAUUACUUAAAAAUGAAAAUGUAAAUUCCAAUAAACUUCCUACCAGGACAAUGAAGUCAGAAGUAUCAAUUUUUACCAAUUAUCCUGCUUCAAAUGCAUGUAAGACUGAGCGUGAACAUGUUUCAAAUAUAUCGCACUCCCAGCUUGAUUCAAUAGAAAAUAAUCCAUCAACAUCGACUUCUCAACGAGAGUUGAUGCAAGACAUUAAUUUUCCAAGAGAGGUGGCACAAGAACUUAAUCCCUCAAGAGAAUUGGCACAAGAUAAUCAUCUCUCAAGAGAAUUUGCACAAGAUAUUAAGAACUCUGAUUUCAUUCCGUUUCAUCUCACAGCGCUUACCCCAAAAAUGCCAAGAAUAAAUUGGGUUCGCCAACUACAAGAAGACAAACGGCAAUUGCAAGUUGUUGUCAGAGAAAUCUCCCAACUCAAUGCAAUGCUGACCAGAGCAAUUCGAGAGAUUUGGCCAGCAAGACCUCUACAUUAAUGUUCUCCUUCACCUGAGGAAUUUUUUGUUGAAGAAAAGUUGAAUAUUUAGAACCUUUGUUAUUCAGAACUGUAGGAAAUUCAGUUGCUAUUUUAUAAGAACAGCCUCAAUUUUUUUCUGUUGAAACACUUCUGUAUACAUACAUAAACUGAGCAUUGUAUAUUGUGAAG